ACCCGCAUCCCCAUCCCCAUCCCCAUCCCCAUCCCCAUCGGGCAGUAUCAACUGAACCACCACAACCUCUCUCUAUCACACUAUAAAUUCUGCACGACGCUGCUCUAAAAGCUACCGCUUUUCCACACACUUGAAUUUUCUCAGGAAAAUGCGGUGGUUCGUUACCACACAAAACAAACAAAAUAAAGCAUAGCAUAGUAAUACCUAUAGUUCAAUUUCAGUUUAUACUUGUGAGAAUGUGGAAACUCGCACGAUUCGCUUCCGCCUCCAACUUCGCCGCCCGAUCUCGCCGCUUCUCCGUCGCGAUUCCUGGUCCCUGCAUUGUUCACAAGCGCGGUGCCGACAUCCUCCACGAUCCCUGGUUCAACAAGGAUACUGGGUUCCCUUUAACUGAAAGGGAUAGAUUGGGGCUUCGUGGUCUUCUUCCUCCUCGUGUCAUAUCAUUCGAGCAGCAAUAUGAUCGCUUCAUGAAUUCAUACCGAUCUUUAGAGAAGAAUACUCAGUGUCAACCAGAAAAAGUUGUUUCCUUAGCAAAAUGGAGAAUCUUAAAUAGACUGCAUGACAGGAAUGAAACUUUGUACUACAGAGUUCUUAUUGAUAAUAUAAAAGAGUUUGCUCCAAUAAUAUAUACUCCCACAGUUGGAUUAGUAUGUCAAAAUUAUUCAGGAUUAUUUAGACGUCCGCGUGGAAUGUAUUUUAGCGCCAAAGAUAAAGGAGAGAUGAUGUCCAUGAUAUAUAACUGGCCAGCUCAAGAGGUAGACAUGAUUGUGUUGACAGAUGGAAGUAGAAUUCUUGGCUUAGGUGAUCUUGGAGUUCAGGGAAUUGGAAUACCCAUAGGAAAACUUGAUGUAUAUGUUGCUGCUGCUGGUAUCAAUCCACGAAGAAUACUUCCAGUCAUGCUAGAUGUUGGCACCAACAAUCAAAAGCUACUUCAAGACCGACUUUAUUUAGGACUUAGACAACCAAGGUUGGAAGGUGAAGAGUAUCUAUCAAUUGUGGAUGAAUUCAUGGAAGCUGUUUAUUCUCGUUGGCCCAAGGCCAUUGUGCAGUUUGAGGAUUUCCAAAUGAAAUGGGCUUUCGAAACCCUGGAACGGUAUCAGAAAAGGUUCUGCAUGUUUAAUGAUGAUAUACAGGGCACUGCUGGUGUUGCACUCGCUGGAUUAUUGGGAACUGUAAGAGCCCAAGGUCGACCGCUGUCUGAUUUUGUGAACCAAAAGAUUGUUGUGGUUGGAGCUGGGAGUGCAGGACUUGGAGUUCUAAAAAUGGCCAUCCAAGCAGUGGCAAAGAUGUGUGGGUGCAGUGAAUUAGCCGCCAAAAGUCAAUUCUUUUUGAUUGAUAAAGAUGGUCUUGUCACAACCGAAAGGAGCAAUCUGGCUCCAGCUGCAGCCCCAUUUGCUAAAAAUCCAAGAGAUAUAGAGGGGCUUUCUGAGGGUUCUAGUAUAAUUGAUGUGGUUAAGAAGGUUAAACCACAUGUGCUUGUUGGUUUGUCUGGUGUUGGUGGUAUUUUCAAUGAGGAGGUGCUUAAGGCAAUGAGAGAAUCUGUUUCAACAAAACCUGCAAUCUUUGCCAUGUCUAAUCCCACCAUGAAUGCUGAGUGCACUGCUAUUGAUGCUUUUAGACAUGCUGGGGAAAAUAUAGUGUUUGCAAGUGGAAGCCCUUUUGAAAAUGUGGAUCUUGGUAAUGGAAAAGUUGGCCAUGUAAAUCAAGCAAACAACAUGUACCUUUUCCCAGGAAUUGGUUUAGGAACUCUUCUUUCAGGUGCACGUCUUAUAACAGAUGGUAUGUUGCAGGCAGCUUCCGAAUGCCUUGCUUCAUACAUGGUUGAGGAUGAUAUCUUAAAAGGAAUUCUGUAUCCAUCAAUUGAUAGCAUACGAGAAGUUACAGCUGAGGUUGGGGCUGCAGUGCUUCGAGCUGCAGUUGAAGAAGAUCUGGCAGACGGACGUGAUGAUGUGGGGCCCAGAGAACUUGCACACAUGUCAAAAGAGGAGACUGUGGAGUACGUCCGACACAACAUGUGGUUCCCUGUGUAUUCUCCUCUGGUUCAUGAAAAAUGAUAUCCUGUAUUUGUGUACAAUUCUUUCAAGGCUUUGUACAACUCACAUCUCAAAGUGCUGCAGUGAAGCCUUAUUUAUCUCUGGUUUCUAAUCUAAACAAAGUUAUUUGUUGGAGGUCAGAUGAGGAAAAGGGGAAAGAUAACUCUCCUUUCGGCCGUGAAUUAUGCGUAUUUCCAUUGAAAUUUUGGGUUUCAAGGUUUCAUGUGUAUUAUAGUGUCUAUUGGAGGCAGCGUUGAUGGCCAAUACAAGACAGUUUCAUUAUUAACACUACUUAUAUCCUAUGUAUACACUGCUGGGAAAUUUUGUACAAUGGUGGAACAUCUAUCCUAUAUUUGCACCACUUGUAACAUGUUUUUGUAUGAUUAUUGAAGUGCAAUUUUGAUUAA